UUUGUCAUGUGAGGAAACCCCAUGACUGCUACUGUGCGCAUGCGCAUAAUUGUCCUCAUCUUUGCUAUAAUUAUAUGACCUUUUGUUUGCAGUAAAGACAAUUCGCCUCCUCUUUUAAUUUUAUAGACACCCGGACCGACUCUGCACCAUGAAGAUUGCUGUGAUACUUGCGUUCCUAGUUGUGGGACAAUCGCUGGCUGCAACAAGUCUAAAGACUGCCUCUAUCGAGAUCACUUCUGUUAACAACUUCCAGAAGGCACCAACCAAAGGCUACAAAUUGUGCAAUACUUGCAUUCAGCUUACAGGGCAAGUUAUCAACGAGGCCCUCAACAUAAUACUCAAUGGUGCUGUGGUAGGCGGAUGUGCUGACCUUUGUCAGGCGGUGGCCACUAAGACUGGCAUUAAAGAUCUUGCAGCGGUUUGUGACAUUGCUUGUGACAUUUUCGGCAUCAAGGAGUUCAUAGCCCUCAUUGAGAAAGCUGAUCUUGACCCAAUCUAUUUCUGUGAGCUAAUUGAUGGUUGUCUUAUCAAGGAUGAUGGGGAUGCAAAGAUCACCUCUUUCACUGUGACCCCUACAAAGGUCACCCAAGGCAGUACCUUUGAGAUUGACAUGGAUUUCCAGACUGUGAAUGGAACUGGAACUGGGGAAAUAGAUCUUGAAAUUAUUACAGCCGACGGUGUUCCACUUGGUCAGAACUCCAUCCUCCUCCCACAAGCCGCAGGUUCCUAUGAUGCUAAAUAUACUGUGUCUGCAAAACCUGAUCCGAACUGUGACCCCAGUCAAGGACCUUGUGAGAUGUGGAUAGCUGGAAACUACACUGUGAAAAUUGCUGUGUGCAAUGGAGAGUGUGGCAGUGACCAUCCUCAUAGCAAGAUCUAUGAUGAGGCCUCUGCUAGCUUCAUGGUCGUCUAGAACUGAACACUAGAACUCUAUUAUUAUUAAUGACCCUUGUACAUGACCCUUGACCUUUCUACAUAAUUAUGUUUAUUGCUGAAUUGA